AUGGCUGACGCGACAGAAAAAGCUGAGCACGACCGUAUUUUCAAGAAGUUUGAUGCUAACGGUGAUGGAACUAUCUCUUCAACCGAGCUUGGAGAUGCUCUCAAGAACCUUGGCUCGGUAACGCACGAUGACGUUAAGCGUAUGAUGGCUGAGAUUGACACCGAUGGUGAUGGAUUCAUAUCGUACCAAGAGUUUUCUGAUUUCGCUAAGGCUAAUCGUGGCCUUAUGAAAGACGUCGCCAAGAUUUUCUAAGCGACAUUUUCAGACUUAUAUUGAUAUGAAAUUUUAAUCAUGUUUAGUAUUUUUUUGUAAUGACAAUCAUUUGAUUAAGAAUGUUUCAUUUUUCUUUAUGUUUUCAUUUCAUGUAAUGAUAUAUUGAAGAAUCCUCCAUUCAUUAGUGUUUAUUUCGAUUUGUA